CCUUCCAAAAGAAUCUACAUUCUCCUCUCUCGUUCUCUCUCGCGCGCUGCAGCUGAAGAUGGCGUCUUUUGUGGCUUCUCAAUCUCUCCCCUCUCUGAAAACCCUAGUCCAUUCUCAGACAUCAUCAUCAUCAUCUCAGUUUCAAGGCAGCAGAAUCGCAUUCCCUUCUUCUGUAGCUCGCUCUACCCUUGGAUAUCGUUCGAUUCCCCGCCGCAGGCAGAGAUUCGAAUCGAAACCGAUCGGCAUCUCAUUCAGGUGCUCUUCCGCAUUGACUCCUGAGUUGAAGUCUUCUUUGGAUAAAGUCGUCACAUCACACAAAGUGAUUCUUUUCAUGAAAGGAAGCAGGGACUUUCCACAAUGUGGCUUUUCCAACACUGUUGUGCAGAUAUUGAAGUCCCUGAAUGUGCCAUUUGAAACAUUAGACAUACUACAGAAUGAGAUGCUACGUCAGGGUUUGAAGGAGUAUUCAAACUGGCCGACAUUUCCUCAACUUUAUAUUGAUGGAGAGUUCUUUGGUGGCUGUGACAUCACAGUUGAUGCAUACAAGAGCGGGGAAUUGCAGGAGCUGUUGGAGAAAGCAAUGUGUUCGUGAUAAUUGUCAAAUUCAUUAAGAUGUCUUAGCUUUACGGUUUGUAGCCAUCCUUGCUGCAGGAAGAGCUUUGCUGAGCCCCAUGCACAUACUAGGCAGCUUAUGCACACACCACAAAUGGGCCAAUUGAUACAAGAUCCAGUCCAUUCAUAGGAGGGUUAUUGCUUGGUAGAUGUUCUCACCCAAUAAUCAGAUUGGUGCACUCAUUAGGUGGGCGACAUUUUAUGAACAAAUGUAUGGAUACUAUUCUUGGGAAGACGCAAGGAACUGAAUACAAGAGGAAAUUCUAAUCACGUCUUUGAAGUACAUGUAAAAUUUGAAAGGCCAAGGGCAUUGUAGAAUUUUAGUUCACUUCAGAGGCUACAAUGCAUGCUGUAUGUUUUUCUCC